CCGGAAUCUAAUCCCAAACCCCAGCUCUCUGCCUGGAGGGCAGCAAGAUCGUUGAGAUCUGCCAGAAGGGUGACGCGCUCCUCGAGGAAGAGAUCGCCAAGGUCUACAAGGGCAAGAAGAUCCAGAAGGGUGUCGGCCACCCCACGACCGUCUCCCCUAGCUCCUAUGUGACGCCCUACACUCCCCUGGUCUCCGAGACCGCGGAGGCCGAGGUUACCCUCAAGGCCGGUGAGAUCGUCAAGAUCCAGCUUGGUGCUCAGAUCGAUGGAUUCGGAACCAUUGUUUGCGACAUGGUCGUUGUCGCCGACAGCAACUCUCCCUCGGAUGUCGUGACCGGCCGUGAGGCUGACCUCAUCCACGCCACUCACUACGCCAACGAGCUUCUCCUCAGACUCAUGGUCCCCCCCGGCCUUCUGGCCAGCGGAACCGAGGAGGAGAAGAAGAAGGCCGCCGCCGAGCGGGCCCCUACCCAGACCCAGAUCACCCAGCUGAUCGAGAAGGUCGCCAAGGUCUACGGCUGCAAUGUCGUCGAGAACACCACCAGCUGGCAGUUCGAGCGCAACGAGAUCGAGUCCGAGAAGAAGAUCAUCCUCGCUCCCGGUGCCGGUGUUAAGGGUGAGGGUAUUCCCGACGUUGGUGAGGUCUGGGGUGUCGAGCUUGGUCUGUCCCUCGGAUCCGGAAAGGUCAAGACUCUCCCUCUCCGUGCUACCCUGCACCGCCGCACCACCACCACCUACAUCCUCAAGCGCGAGAGCUCCAGAAAGACCCUGUCCGAGGCUGUCAAGAAGUUCGGUACCUUCCCCUUCAGUCUGCGCCAGCUCGACGAUGAGCGCGCCGCCAAGGUUGGUGCCGUUGAGUGUGUCCGUGGUGGUGUCCUGAGACAGUACGAGCCUGCCGGUGAUGCCGACAACGCUCCCGUCUCCCGCGUGCUGACCACCAUUGCCAUCACCAAGAACGGUAUCACCCGCCUGGCUGCCCCCACCACUCCCGAUCUCUCCAAGUUCCAGACGGAUAAGAAGAUCGAGGAUGAGGAGAUCCUGAAGAUCCUUGAGCGCCCGUUGUCCAAGUCCACCGGUUCCAAGAAGAACAAGAACAACAAGAAGAAGACCGCCGCCAAGAAGGCUGACGAGUAAACGCCUCACCUGGGGCCACUUCUGACGUAUCCACGGAGGCUUUUUGGCUCAAACCAAAGCCUAUGAUUUCCAUGCGAGGUCCGUUCUUCGUUGCACCGGAGCAUUGGCGAUGCCCGCCAUUGUGAUGAUCCUUUUUUGGAGCCGCAUCCGGGGCGCUCUCUUGGAGAAGACGAAGGAUCGGGAAACUGUAUGAAAGAUGAGCACGUGGGAGACUUAGCUCUCCCACACUACCCUAUUGAAAAUUCAUUGUCACAUAACUAGUUGCAAAGACGAGAUAUGUAUAUGCCAAAUAAAAACGAGCAAAAAAAGGGGGUGAUCACCUUACCGUUUCCGAUAACAACUAGAUCUACCGGGCCGUGGGCCUCGGUAUUUGACUCUUGCUCCUACU